UCGAAGAAAGAAAUACGUAGUACCUUUACUCUACUCUUGUUGUCGUGUCUUUUAUGUGCUAGGCUGGUUGUAUCUCAGUUGGAUUAUUCAUCAGCUUUUCGUUGUUGUUUUGAUCGUGGUUUUUCCGUCUAGAAGGUAUUACUGUGGUGUCUCACAAUUCAAGGCGCCUCUUCCUCCUAGAGUUGUGUUUUUUUUUUACUGGUGUGGUGUGGUGUGUUUUGUGCUUUGAAAACUAUUCCAGAGAUACAUAUAUGAAGAAAGAUCUAUAGGCUUAGGCUCUUCGACUGCGGUAUAGAUUUAUUACUGUUUCCACGGGACCGUUCGUUGUUGUUACCAAUAUCGGCUUACAUAUUAUUUGUUCGUAUAUAGUUUCUCUAUUCUGCGUCUAUUAUACUCGCAGUCUUGGGCAUUUCAUUUUGCUAUUUAGUGGUUAGUCUUAUAUCAUGUGUAGAGUGUAUCUGGUUCUUCGCUUGUCUAUAUGUACCUUCCUGCUAACUAGGCAGUAGUCAACAUCGACUUCGGUGUCGGUCGGGCCAAGAAGACCAUAUUCGCCUUCUUAUAAUAUUGUAGUUGCGCGCCAUUACCACCUCUGACGUCUGACGUCGUCGUCGUUGAUAUUCGUCGCGGCUGCCCUUCCCCCUUCAUUUAUAUGGUCGUCUCGUCUAUCUACUAGUCGAAUUCGGAUUCGAGUUUUGCGCGAUUUUCAAGUCGCAAGAUGUCGAUUCCAAUAUUUUGACAUUGAGCUGAGCUAAUACAUUUCACUUGCGCGGUAGAAAGUUGUACUGGUUUUUCGUGAGUGUUUUUUUUGAAUUUAUUUCACAUCUCGCGAUCCGUUCGGUCGGACUAUUUGGUGUGGUGGUGGAGUCUAGUGGACUGGUUCGCGUUUUGUUGUUGACGGUGUCGGUGUCGGUGAUGUUGAUGUCGGUGGCGCUGCCUUCUGUUGUAUCUUCGAACAAAGAUACGUACUAGUUUACACGGACUGAACAAAAGAUACUCGUCGCAUUCACGCCGAAGCACUUAUCUCAUAUACAAAGUGUAGUAAUUUUUUUUCCAUCGCUGAACGAGACGGUUCCAGCGAGAAAAAAUAAUAAUAAUUAUAAUUGAUUGUGUUGAUGGAAGGAAGAUUAUUAUUUAACAUAAAACAUUUUUCUUUUAUGAAAUUCACUUCACUAUACCAUAUAUUGAAUGAAUGAAAGUUUUGUACGUUGUCCGCUCUUGUGUUGUUGUUGUUGUGAAGAAGUGGCCCCUUGCUGUGAUAAUAAAGUGAAAUUUAAUUUUGCCUCUCUCUCCCCUCAAUUAUUCCACCAAAACACAUUUUGUGAAGGAAAGUUGUUUGACUUGGAUCUUCUAUACACAUCAGAAACGUAUAAAUAAAUAUACAUAUAGCAAAGUCGUACCGCCACAUUGAAUUUGGAUUUGGAUUAGAAAAUUAAAUUUGGAUUAAAAUACAAAAAAAAAAACGUCUAACAUCUUUAAACUGCUGAAAAAAGUGGAUAGUUAAGGAGUAGUUGGACUACAACAAGUUUUUGUAAUAUAACCCGAUGUCACAUGAUAUGCGGCCAAACGAAAGUCCCACAAAUCAAUAACAAUGACUUCAAAAUACGAACGCAUAAAAACAGAAUGCAAAAAAAAGGCUACCCACUGGGAAGAUCCUGAUUUUGCAGCUGUUCAAACUUCUGUCUUCUACUAUCAAACACCUCCGUUUACGUUUCAAUGGAAGCGAAUACCAGAAAUUGCGCCAAACGCAUCAUUUAUGAACGAAGGCGAGAAUUUCGAUAUAAUCCCUGGCAAAAUGGGUGAUCGUUGGCUUGUCUCAUGUCUGGGAGUUUUAUAUUCGCUAAAGAAUCUUUUCUAUCGAGUUGUACCGGCCGAUCAAAGUAUCGAGAAUUCUCAUGGAUUGUUUCGAUUUAGGCUGUGGUGGUGUGGCGAAUGGGUGGAAGUUCUGGUCGAUGAUCGUUUGCCAACGAUCAAUGGAAAGUUGGCGUUUCUGCAACCACAGAAGUCAAAUUGCUUUUGGGCGUCAUUGUUGGAAAAGGCUGUAGCCAAAUUACAUGGAUCGUAUGAAGCUCUUAAAUAUGGAACACGAUCGGAUGGCUUAAGUGAUCUCUUAGGUGGUAUCGUAGAAAGUGUUCCAAUAAAAAUCAACAACGAUCCCAUAAGGCCUAUCCAGCUGAGAUCGUUUCUGGAUACUACCUGCAUUGUAACCUGCAUCGCAACAAAGACCGCCAACGGUCAGUACAAAAACAUUCCUGAAAGGCUGGCGAAUGGAAUUUGUGUAAAUGUCAACUAUCGUCUGUGUUCGCUAGAUAAGGUUGAAACACUCCUUGGAGAUGCUGUUCAGCUGGUUCGACUGAAAGAUCCCAUGGCAUGUGAAACGUUUGGCACUAAAUCUGGCUACAAUGGCGAAUGGUCAGCAAUGUCCCAAUCUUGGGACAGAGUAUCAAUUCAAGAAAGAGAUCGGCUUCUUGGUCAAUUGGAUGUUGGAGAGUUUUGGAUCUCGUUCUUGGCCUUCACACAAUCCUUCACUUUUCUCGAGAGUGUCCAUUUGGACACAGAUACAGCCAAAGAUGAACUGUCAUUGUCAGAUCGUCCCAAACGGUGGCAAAUGAAAAUGUAUCAAGGUCAAUGGCGCCGAGGUGUCACGGCGGGUGGAUGUCGAAACCACGAGUCUUUCCACAUAAAUCCACAGUUACUCUUGAGCAUACAAGAGAAGGAGGAAGUUGUGAUAGCACUGAAUCAGCACACGGCUAUUGAGCCAAAAGUCAUCGGUUUUACUAUGUACAAACUAAAUACAGUCAAUAAAAGUAAAUUAACUGAAUGCCUUCCAAAGGAAUUCUUUAAAAGUCAAGUUAGCUAUAUCAAUUCUGACUACGGAAAUACUCGACACGUGUGCUACAGAUGCAGUCUCGAUGUGGGGAAGUAUCUACUCAUGGCCACAACCUAUGAACCAGGUGAAGAAUCAUGUUUUACAGUGAGAAUAUUGGGAAGCUCAUUGAGGCUAUCCCAAUUGGAAACACAGACAAUGAUGCUGUUGGAUCCGUUUCCGGCGCUUAAUUUGAAUAAUGAACCUGAUAGUGCUAAGGUGAAAAAGUGUCAGUAUGAACCAGUUUUUAUGCAACUGGCCGAUGAAAAUAAAUCAAUAAACUGUUUUGAACUUCAAGAACUUUUAGAGGCAUGCUUACCAAAUGAUUAUAUUAAAGGAUGUGCAAAUAUUGACAUCUGUCGGCAGGUCAUUGCCUUGCAAGACGUGAGUAUGAUGAAGAAAACUGGAACAGGUCGAAUAAAUUUCAUCCAAUUCAAAACUUUCAUGGUGAAUCUCAAGUCGUGGCAGGGUGUUUUUAAAAUCUAUACAAAAGAAAAAGCCGGAGUGCUGCGAGCUGAACGCCUUAAAGAUGCUUUAUGUGAUGUGGGUUUUCAAUUGAAUACAGAAAUUAUGAAUGUUCUUAUGCAUCGUUAUAUUCGAAAAGAUGGUACUCUAAGAUUGAGUGACUUUACAUCGGCCAUUUUACAUUUGACAACAGCUUUUGAAAUUUUCCAAAAGAAAGACCAUGAUCAGGAUAAUGUAAUUAAAAUUGAAAUGUCCGAUUGGAUUAAGUCGGUAAUGAGGUGCUAAAAUCUAUGUUUAAUUAAAAAGAAUAAAAACAAAACGGAAAUUCAACAAGAGUAUUCUCGCUAACUAAUUUUAUUAUGGAUGUCUAUUUUGUUUAUAAGAAAUUAUAUAAUAUUUUUUAA